CUGUUUGUACGUGUGUGUGUGUGUGUGGGUGUGUGCGUGUGCAUGCCUGAGUUAGUCGAUUAGCGAGUGGACACUGUGAUCAGGCAUGCUGCUUUCAUUGAUCAUUACCAACCCAGCUGCUCAUACUCUGGACUCAUCAUGGAGACAGGGAAGCAAAUAACAGGCACACUGGCUAUAGCUGUGUUCACAGCAGCUCUGGGGUCGCUGCAGUACGGGUACAGUCUAGGAGUCAUUAAUGCACCUCAGAAGAUCAUCGAGAAAAAUUAUGCCCGCUCGCUGGGUUUGCUGUCUGAGAGGCUGGAGCAAUCAGAAAAUGGAACAGAUGAAACGGGUUUCUCCGAGUCAAGAAACCACCCUGAAGUGGUCAUGUACUGGUCUUUGUCAGUGGCCAUCUUCUCCAUCGGUGGCAUGGUGUCCUCCUUCCUGGUGGGAUUUGUGGGAGACCUGAGAGGGAGGGUGAAGGGAAUGCUGAUGGUCAAUGUUCUGGCUGUAGUCGCUGGACUGUUGAUGGGUCUCUGCAGGAUAUGGAAGCCCCACAUCAUGGUCAUAUCAGGCCGUGCAGUCAUGGGCUUCUAUUGUGGGUUGACGUCUGGAUUAGUGCCUAUGUACAUUGGAGAGAUUGCACCCAAAGCGUACAGAGGAGCUCUAGGAACCUUACACCAGCUGGCCAUUGUUAUUGGUAUCUUAAUCAGCCAGGUAAUAGGCUUGGACUUUGUACUUGGUAAUGAUGCAAUGUGGCCGCUGCUGCUUGGUCUGUCUGGAGCCCCUGCAAUCCUACAAUCCCUACUGCUUCCUUUUUGUCCCGAGAGCCCGCGCUAUCUUUACAUUUUGUUGGGAAAAGAGCAAGAGGCUCGAAAAAGCCUGCAUCGUCUAAAGGGGGCAUAUGAUCCAACUCCUGAUCUGGAAGAAAUGAAAAGAGAAAAAGAUGAGGCAGAUAAGGAACCCAGAGUUUCCAUCCUGUCUUUGAUCUUCUCCUCUGUGUAUAGACAGCAGCUGUUUGUUGCCCUUAUGAUGCACCUCUCCCAACAGCUUUCUGGCAUUAAUGCAAUCUUUUAUUACUCCACAGCCAUCUUUGCACAAGCUGGUGUCAGUCAGCCCGUCUAUGCAACUAUAGGAGUCGGUGUCAUUAACACGGUUUUUACUCUUGUCUCUGUGGCACUUGUGGACAAAGCUGGACGACGUACUUUGUCUCUGGUGGGUUUGGGAGGCAUGUGCUGCUGUGCAGUUGCCAUGACAGUGGGUCUCAAACUCCAGAAUGACUUCUCAUGGAUGAGCUACGUCAGCAUGUCCGCUAUCUUCCUAUUUGUGAGCUUCUUUGAAAUUGGUCCAGGUCCAAUCCCAUGGUUCAUAGUGGCUGAGCUUUUCAGCCAGGGACCUCGACCUGCAGCCAUCGCUCUCGCAGGCUGCUGCAACUGGACCAGUAACUUCAUCAUAGCUAUGACAUUUCCUUACAUACAGGUUUGGUUGGAUUGUUACGUUUUCAUCCUGUUUGCCAUUUUGCUUUUCGUCUUUACCCUGUUUAUUUAUCUCCGUGUCCCCGAGACCAAGGGCAAAACCUUUAAGGAGAUCGCUGCUGUCUUCCAGAAGAAACCUGGGACUCCCAAAGACAAUGCUGAACUGCAGCAGCUCAAAACCUCCACAGAUGCUUAAAUUUGUAUUAACCCAAUUCAAAGUGGAACGUUUGACACUUCUGACUGAAAUAACAACUAUUUGUAUUGUAAUGUUUACACUGAAUCAAAAAUUCAAACUUGUAUUGCAGUAUUAUCCGUUAAAAAUUAAUAAAAAAAUAAUGUUUUAUAACAACAACAAA